AGAGAACUCUACUGAUUGUGAAAUACGUUUAUUACUCUACGUCCGACUAUCAGCGAUCAUUCUUCGCUUGCCGGUACCAGUGUUUUUUAAUUUGUAAAAGUAACCUUUGUGAGUGUUACUUAUAUUAUUUUGAUUUGUGUUUAUAAAAUCUUCAAAGAAUUUCAUAAUGGCUCAAAAGGCACCAAUCCGUAUAGUUGUAACUGGUGCAGCAGGUCAGAUUGCAUAUUCUCUUAUUCAAAUGAUUGCUAAUGGUGAUGUAUUUGGCAAAGAUCAACCAAUUUAUUUACAUUUAUUGGAUAUACCAGUAGCUAUGGGAGUUUUAGAAGGUGUCUGCAUGGAAAUUGAUGAUUUAGCUUUACCAUUAGUAAAAGGUUAUGUUAAGACUGUUGAACCUGAAGAAGCAUUUAAAGAUGCUGAUGCUGCAUUUUUGGUAGGAUCUAUGCCUAGAAGAGAGGGUAUGGAAAGAAAAGAUUUGUUGGCUGCUAAUGUGAAAAUAUUUAAAGUACAAGGCCAAGCUUUAGAUAAAUAUGCUAAAAAAGAUGUUAAAGUUCUUGUUGUUGGAAACCCAGCAAAUACAAAUGCAUUCAUUUGCUCUUACUAUGCACCAUCAAUACCAAAAGAAAAUUUUACUGCUAUGACUAGACUUGACCAGAAUAGAGCUCAAUCUUUUAUUGCAAAACAACUAGGAAUUUGUGUGAGCCAUGUUCAGAAUGUUACGAUUUGGGGUAAUCAUUCAUCAACUCAAUUUCCAGAUGUCAUUAAUGCUAAAGUUCUUCAAAAUUCAAAAUUAAUGGGUGUUUAUGAUGCUAUAAAAGAUACAAAAUGGCUUGAAUCAGAUUUCAUUAAAACCAUUCAAACAAGAGGAGCAGCUGUAAUUAAAGCUAGAAAAAUGUCAUCAGCUAUGUCUGCUGCUAAAGCUGCAGUUGAUCAUAUGCAUGAUUGGUGGCAUGGUACCUCCAAUGGAAAUUGGGUUUCAAUGGCUGUAGUCUCAGAUGGCUCAUAUGGUAUUCCUAAAGAUCUUGUUUUUUCAUUUCCGGUUACAAUUUCUAACAAGAAAUGGGAAAUUGUUCAAGGUUUGAACAUAACUGAUUUUGCAAGAUCUAAAUUAGAUUUCACUGCUAAUGAACUAGUUGAAGAAAAAAAUGAAGCUGAAAUUGUUUGUAGUGCUUGACAUAAAUUACCCCCAAAUGAAUGUAAGCUCUGAAUUGGCAGUGUUCCGGGUACAAAAUUAAUUCUUUAGUUAUAUUACAUGAUUUUGGGGGCUUAUAUCCCUAUCAUGAACAAGCAAAUUUUAUAUUUAAAAAACUGCAACCAUUCCAAAAAAUUGCAUUUUAUUUAUUAUUUCCAUAAACUUAUAACUGUUUAAUUUUUAAUUUAUUUUUAUUUUUUUGUUAUAUUUCUGUUAAUGUAAUGUUUACUUUAAUUUAUGGUUAUGGAUAAACACAUGUUAUUUAAAGUAAUAAAUAUAAAAUCAUGGUGCCCGGAUGA